CUUGGCGGGCGGCGGCGGCGGCCGGGCCGGGCCAUGGGGAAGGAGCAGGAGCUGCUGGAGGCCGCCCGCACCGGGAACUUACCCGCCGUCGAGAAACUGUUGUCUGGGAAACGCCUCAGCUCUGGCUUCGGUAGCUCUGGAGGGGAAAGAGGAGGAGGGGGAGGCGGCAGCGGCGGCUCCGGUGGCGGCGGCGGAGGCGGCGGGAGCGGUGGUGUGGGGCACCCGCUGUCCAGUCUUCUCAGCAUCUGGAGAGGGCCAAACGUGAACUGCGUGGACAGCACUGGGUACACUCCCCUGCACCACGCUGCUCUGAACGGGCACAGGGACGUGGUGGAAGUUCUGCUGAGAAAUGAUGCCCUGACCAACGUGGCAGAUUGCAAGGGCUGCUACCCUCUUCACCUGGCAGCUUGGAAGGGAGAUGCAGACAUAGUGAAGCUCCUCAUCCACCAGGGACCUUCGCACACCAAAGUGAACGAGCAGAAUGCUCUUGAGAUCAAAGAACUCAAAAAGCACGGCCCCUUUGACCCAUAUAUCAAUGCCAAGAACAAUGACAACGAGACAGCCCUGCACUGUGCAGCCCAGUACGGGCACACAGAGGUGGUGAAGGUCCUGCUGGAGGAGCUGACAGACCCCACCAUGCGCAACAACAAGUUUGAGACUCCUCUUGACCUGGCGGCGCUCUAUGGGAGGCUGGAGGUGGUCAAGAUGCUCCUGAACGCUCACCCCAAUCUUCUAAGCUGCAACACCAAGAAGCACACCCCCCUGCACCUGGCAGCCAGGAACGGGCACAAAACUGUGGUCCACGUGCUCCUGGAUGCUGGCAUGGACAGCAACUACCAGACUGAGAAGGGCAGUGCUUUGCACGAAGCUGCUUUGUUUGGCAAGACAGAUGUGGUACAAAUAUUGCUGGCAGCAGGUAUUGAUGUGAACAUCAAGGACAACCGAGGCCUGACAGCUCUGGAGAUUGUGAGGGAGCUCCCCUCUCAGAAGAGCCAGCACAUAGCAGCUCUCAUCGAAGAUUACACUGUUGGGAAGAAGAGUGCCCAAGCUGCAGAGAAGACUCCUCAAGCACCUCUGGCUCCAGCCUCUGACCCUGUGUGCCGGGUAGCCCAGGGUGAUGUGGAGAAAGCAGUGACAGAGCUGAUCAUAGACUUUGAGAUGCCCCCAGAAGAGGAGAGCCCCUACGAGGCUUUGUACAAUGCCACCUCCUGCCACUCCCUGGACAGCCUGGCCAGUGGCAGGUCCUCGGACAGAGAGUCCAGCAAUAAGGAAGCAGAGUCAGCUGCGCUCAAGGCAGCAGCAGUCAGGCCUAGAGAGCGCCCACCCCCGCCUGCCAAGCCGCCGCCCGAUGAGGAGGAGGAGCCGCAGAUGGAGAAGAAGAUGAGCCAUGGUGCUGCCUGUGAGGCCUCUGUUGCACGAGGAAAGAGCAAAGGAAGUGGAGCUGAGGAAGAGGAACACCCCUAUGAGCUGUUGCUUACAGCAGAAACUAAGAAGCCAGUUGCAGUGGACAGGAAAACAAAAGACCACAGGAGGAGCAGUGGCAGCCGCAGCCAGGACUCUGCCGAGGACAUCCACGUUCCGGAGCAGUUCUCCGGGCUGCUGCACGGCUCCUCCCCGAUCUGCGAGAUAAGCGAGGACCCUUUCAGGCUGGUUUCCUCCGCGGAGAAGGGAGGCACGGAAGGCACCAGCCACCCACCUGCUAUGCAGCUGGAGGAUGCUGAGCUGCCCGCCCCUGCCCCAGCACGGAGCAGCUCCCCAGAGCACAGAGCCAUCUACGCCACCGUGCAGCACGCGCUCGGCAGCCGCCCGGGCCCCGACACCGCAGGCACCCCCCACGGGCUGCAGCACCCCAGUGGGGCUGAGGAAGAGGGGGACAGGGCUGUGGGCAGAGCCCACCCGGGCGGCAAGCCCAAGGCCGAGCUGAAGCUCAGCCGCAGCCUGUCCAAGUCGGACUCGGACCUGCUGACCUGCUCCCCGACGGAGGAGGACGCCAUGGGCAGCCGCAGCGAGUCGCUGUCCAACUGCAGCGCGGGCAAGAGGCGCCUGGAGAAGUCCCCAUCCUUCGCCUCCGAGUGGGAUGAGAUUGAGAAAAUCAUGAGCUCCAUCGGCGAAGGCAUCGACUUCUCUCAGGAGCAGCAGAGGAUCUCAGGUUCACGGAUGCUGGAGCAGAGCGUCGGGGAGUGGCUGGAGACCCUCGGCCUGCAGCAGUACGAGAGCAAGCUGCUGCUCAACGGCUUCGACGACCUCCGCUUCCUGGGCUGUAAUGUCAUGGAGGACCAGGACCUGCGGGAUAUCGGGAUCGGGGAUCCGCACCACCGCCGCAAGCUGCUCCAGGCUGCACGCUCCCUGCCGAAGUUGAAGCCCCUGGGCUGCGAUGGAAACAGCCAGCCCUCGGUGCCUGCCUGGCUCGACUCUCUGGGGCUGCAGGACUAUGUUCAGUCCUUCCUCUCGAGUGGCUACAGCUCCAUUGACACUGUGAAAAACCUCUGGGAGCUGGAAAUAGUCAACGUGCUGAAAGUGAACCUGCUGGGCCACCGGAAGCGGAUCAUUGCCUCCCUGGCAGACAGACCCUACGAGGAGCCACCAGCGAAGCCGCCGCGGUUCUCGCAGCUCAGAUGCCAGGACUUGAUCUCCCAGACCUCAUCACCCCUAAGCCAGAGUGACUCCUGCACAGGGAGAUCUGGGGAUCUGCUGCUGCCCUCGGGGGACACUGCCAGGAGGCAGCACGAGCAUGGCACUGAGGCUGCUUCCUACUGCAAAGCUGAGCGCUACAGAGCUCAGGAGGACCAUCGGGAGCCCAAGCUGACUCUGCGCCCCCCGAGCCUGGCUGCCCCCUAUGCCCCAGUGCAGAGCUGGCAGCACCAGCCAGAGAAGCUCAUCUUUGAGUCCUGUGGCUAUGAGGCCAACUACCUGGGCUCGAUGCUGAUCAAAGACCUCCGGGGGACAGAGUCUACGCAGGACGCCUGUGCCAAGAUGAGGAAGUCCACAGAGCAUAUGAAGAAGAUCCCCACCAUAAUCCUGUCCAUCACCUACAAGGGGGUGAAGUUCAUCGAUGCCUCAAACAAGAAUGUCAUCGCUGAGCACGAGAUACGGAACAUCUCCUGUGCUGCGCAAGACCCCGAGGACCUCUGCACCUUUGCCUACAUCACCAAGGACCUGCAGACCAACCACCACUACUGCCACGUCUUCAGCACCGUGGACGUGAACCUGACCUAUGAGAUCAUCCUCACGCUGGGGCAGGCGUUUGAGGUUGCCUACCAGCUGGCCCUCCAGGCCCAGAGGGCAAAGCCCCUGGGUGCUGCAGCAGGAGAAGUGAUUGAAACAAAAUCUUCCAAACCCGUGCCUAAACCCCGAGCUGGCAUGAGGAAAGCUGCAGUGCCGCUCCCUCCCGACACCCGCUGCUGUCUGUGUCACACCUGCACAGCUCACCGCCCCUCCUACCUGCCGCUGCAGUCUCUUAGCCCUGGAGCCAAGCUGGAGCCCCCUGAAGUGGACCAAGAUCCCCAGUCUCAUGCCAGUGUCUCCUGGGUCGUGGACCCCAAGCAGGACUCCAAGCGGACCCUCAGCACUAAGUAUGAGACCACUAUCUUCUAAAGCACCCCGUGCCCACCCUGUCUAACUGUGCCUUUGCCAGCUGAUCUCUGCUCUUCUAAGCUCCCUCCUGCUGCGGCUGCUCGCUGAGCCCUGCCUAGGCACCGCCUCAAGGCAGCAGCACUUAGGAGACUGUAGGACCUUAACCAGCUUUUUUACCUGAGCACCACUGAGCACUGUGAAUCCUCCUGACUCGGGAAGAAGGGUGACAGGGUGACAGGCUGCCAGGUGUGGGGGAGGCAGGGGGAGCAGAGGGGUGCAGGCCGGGGCAGUCGGAGAUGUGGAUCCCGGACACCGCCAGUCGUUUCCAUGUCUGUCCCCUCGCCCUGGCACUGUGAAUCCCUGGGGCAAUGUGACACUCCCCAGGCUUUUUUGGUUGUUUUUUUUUUUCUCUUUCACCUUCUUAUCCUCGGACUGAUGGAGACCUCUUGUCUCUGUGGUGCACGCACUCCCUCCUCCUCCAUCCUCUUCCUCCUGACCAAGCCACAGCUGCGUACUGUUGCGGUGAACUUUCCCCUCUUCCUGCCUGCCAUUGGAAUCGACACUAACCACUGUGAUGCUGUCUGCAAAUAGCAACCUUCACCAGACCUUCUCACGGGGACCCAUGCCCAGAAUCUCUCCCCUCAAAGCCUGAAGCAGGAAACAUGCCCCGAGGGGAGUGCUGGUUUGGGCUGGCUGUGAGCGUUCCCACUGUGAGCUCUGGCCCUGCUCCGAGGGCAGCUGCACUUUGCGUUGCAUGCACUUCAGUCCCUCCUGGGAGGAUUUCCCCCCCUCCUGUUUGUGCUCAGCAAACUUCCCAUGAGCUGUGGGCCCAGUUCUCGGCAGAGCGUGAGGAGGUUAGGCUUUUGGAGGCACACGUUGUGAGCCCUGUGCUGGGGAGGCAUUGGUGAGGGGCUGGGCGCUGCACUGUGAGCAGACGGAGCUCUGCUGCACUCCUUUUGCCCAGAGGAGAAACGAGAUUGAAAUCAGUCUGCUGCCCAUCCCACAGCUUGUUUGCCAUCUCCAAACCAGUGCACAAUAAGGGCUAUAGGGAUCAUGAAACAUCUGUCACCUUCCAUCCUGGAGAGCCAGGGUUCACUGAGCAAUAGCCCCGCUUUGGGCACCUCUUGCCUCUCCCCAUUGUGCACCCCUAGUGCGCAUGCUUCUCCUCUGGGAAAGCCUCCCCAUUGCUCUCUGCCUCAGUGGAGGCAGCUUUUAAUUCCAGAACAUGACUGGGAAUUGUUUGCAGGAGACCACAGGGCACUUGGCUCUGGUUGGAGCAUGUGCAGGAUGCCAUGUGGUGGUUCAUGACCCCAGGAGCUGCAGUGUGUCCUUCAAAGAGGAACUGAACUAACAGCAGCAGUGGGACUGCAGAGCCUGGCCUGAAGCAUGCAGCUGCCCAUGCUGACUUCUGAGGGUCUGAGCUCCUGCUCUCACCCUGCUUUCAGCUGACCCUCCCGAAACAGGGUCCCUGGAGCAUGUGCCUUGGUAAAGGUGACCACUCAGAGCCUGCUGGCAUCACAGGCAGCCCUGCCUAACCUGCAAAGCUUCUGCUGCAUGUCCAUGGCCCUCACGGCUCUGCUGCACCUCUGCCUCAUCUUCCCCAGCCCUUGUUUUCCUGUGCCUCAGCACUCAUUCAUUCCAUUCUCUUCCUUUCUGUUUGCCUCUGGGAAGCUGAUCGCAGGCAGCUGGCUCCAGCCAUGGAGAUGUAGUAACGGGGCAGAGACCUAAGAAGCAGUGCCCUGCUGGCAUGAAGAUCAUCUCCACCUGGCACUGGUGGCCGCCUUGGAGCAGGUGCAUGAGCCCCGCUCAGUGAGGGCUCUCAAAGCAGAGGGGGGAGAGAGAUCCCAGCCCCCAGCUGAGGCAAGCAGCUCCCUCCAUGUCUAGCAGAGGCAAGCUGAGCCUUCCAAGCGUGGUGUCCCCUCCUCUAGCCCGAGACAAACAUCUCUUGACCCAUUUCUGGUUUGUUUUCACUUAAGAAGCGGCACUGAGCAGAUCCAGUUCCUGUUCAAAUGUAGCACUGCAGGUCUUGGUGAGGAGCACCUAUAUUGAUCCUUAUUGACUGAGAAUCCACACAGUCCAGCAAGGAGUGCAGCAGAAAGGCUUAGCAGUGGGAGUGCUGUGUGCACCUCUGAUGGUACUUGAAGUCUUCAGUUCUGGGUGAAGAGUAGAGGAGGCCAAAUUCUUGGCAAUAACUUCCUGCAGCAGGAGGAGCCCAUGGGGGUCAGCAGCCUUUGCUGCCAGAGCUGCUCCAGCCCUUCCAAGCAAUUGGAAAUAACUUAAGGAAGAGUCUGCAAAGGAUCCUGCAGCCUGGAGUGGCUGUGGCCAAGCAUUCCCCAUGGUACAGAGCUUGCUGCCCCUCCAGAGAGCUGCCGCCCUGCAGCUCAUGGCAAGGACACAAUUGCUUCCCGUUAUGCACUGAGUUCUCUUCCUGGCCUCCCGUGCUCCCACCUUCUUUUCAAACCCAGUUAUGCCCUGCGAGGUUGGGGGACAUUGGUUUUUAAAGUGUAUUCCAUGGUGAUUUAGCACUUUUUGAUACUAGCUCAUUAUUUAAUUAGUGCAACAGCUUCAGAAGAUGAACAAAGGAGGAGUUAAAUGUUGGGCAUUACCCUGAAGCACUCCAUAGCUGAGGAGGGAGCCUCUCAACCUGAGCACGGCCUGAGUCCCUUGUCCCCAAAGGUGCUGUGUGCUGCCUCUCCUUUGGAAUGACCAAAGCAUCUCCCGGGAGGGGUCUGGCUCUGACUGACCUCCUUGCAGCAUUGCUCCCCUCAGGGGAGAGAAGUCAAACUGCUUCUGAUUUUAAUGCUUCAGAGGCAGAAAAUCUCGACCGGCAGCAUGGUGGUUGAGGUGGCACUGUGGUGGUGGUUCCCUGCUGCUUUACUCUUAUGAAGUGCCCCAGGAAAUCCCAUUUACCUCCACUUGCUGCUGUAGGUCAGGACUUCAUGCGUGCCCCUCCAGCCAGCAAGUCUGGGAGAGGAGUAAGGCAGAAUCCCAAGGGCAUGAACCUGUAAAUGGGGGGUGGGAGGCGGGCAGUGGAGGUCGCUGUAGGCUGAUGAAUUUUGGAAGCUGAGUUCCUUGUCCUGCAAAUGUUGCAAUUCAUGCUGGUGUAAGUGUAAAUGUUUGCUGUGCUGGUAACAAGUCUUGGAGAGACUGCAAAUUGAACCUCUGAUCGGGAGGGCUCCCUCUUUGCGUGGUGCACUGGGGCGUUGGUGCCUGAGCUUGCUGAAGGUUGGCUCGGAGGUGACGUGGUGAUGAAGGCUCUAAUCUUCAAGGGACUGGCUUGGUGACCCUGGUGGUCGUUCCCAGUCCUGGGUGUAACCCUGUGAUUGUCUUUAGUGACCCAACAGUUCGUAGCCAGACCUUUCUCACCUCGUGCAAAGGAGCAGUUUGGGCACUGCCUCUCCCCUCUCACUCCCUGACUUUACUCAAGGUACUUCUGUGCUGGAGCCUGGCCCUGGGCCCUGCCAGCCACUGGCUCACAGCCACCACGGGGUGUUUGGGCUCCCUACAGGGUCCUGGGGCCUCUGGAGGGAAGUGCCCUCAAUAUCUGGUGCUGAACAUGACUUUGAAUCAAAGGACAUCUGCUCUGCUGCCGGCCUGGGACAAGUGAGUGCUGCCCUGGGCCUGGCUCCCCUCUUUGGGGACAGGCUCCGUGUUGUGCAUGGCCUGAGCCCAGGACAGGUGACCCAAGAUGCAGAGUUCUGUCUUUUUUGUACAGGAGGGGAUGAUUUACUUUGUUUUAUUUUAGUUUAUUUUUUCAAAUUGAAGCUGCUUUAUCCUUUUGUAUUUACAAAAAAGAAAAAAGAAAAAAAAAGGCAAAUCUUAGCUCUUCAACUGCCUCUGAACUUGCUUUGGGAUUGGUUUCUUGGAGAAGAAAUUAUCUUUUUAUAAGAAAUGAUGCAGGUGUGGGGGGCACACCUGUCCCACUCACAGGGACAAGAUGUGGCACCUACCAGGAGGUACCUCUUGUGACAAGUUUGGACUUUCACAAGGCUGCUGAGCCACAGACCAGAGGCCAAACAGUCCCUCCAAACACACUCUGGGUGCAGCUGCAGUGGGCGCAGCCUCUUGAAGGCUCUCUCUGCCCCACCCGAGCAGGUUCCAGCAGCAGAAGUCCCUCCACAGAUCUUUCUGUAGAGCAAGCAGGCAGUUUGCAGCUCUGUCUGGUUGCAGAAGGUUCCCUUUUAGCUCUGGUUUUGGCAUUGCUGGCUGGUUGGUUGGUUGGUUGCGAGAGGAGGCAGCUCUGCUGCUCUGGCAGAGUCGACUGAGCUCAAACCUCUUAGCCCUGGAGGCAGCACCCACGGCCCCGCGCAGGCAGGGAGCAGCUGAGUUCAGUUUGCAGUGUGGACACUUUUUGCUCGUUGUGAUGUCUGGCAGUGGGACUGAUUUGUAAUACAAAUGUUAUUUAAUCUGUCUGUAUUUUGAUACUUGAAUUUCCUCUUGCUUCCUGUACAUACAGUUGUUAAUCUGUUCAGAACCUGUCUGACCUUUAGACGUUUGUGGUACCAAACAUAAGCGACCAUAGGCUGACCUCAUGCAACAAGGCGAGACUGUAAAUACUCCUGGGCUUCCAGCAGUCGUUUUGUUGUCUCCAUGACUGUACAACCUAGAGCAGGCUGAACUAAUAAACCAGCUUAGACACA